UUUUUUAUUCAAAGAGGGGAGGGAGAGACUUCUUCGUGGGAAAUCGGUGAAAAAUCAGUGUUUGCGAUUUAAUACAAGUUUCUUCGCGUCGCGUUUUCUUUAAAGUUUACAGUUUAGCUGUGUGUAAAGAAGGAAAAAACGCCCCAGGUGAACUUUGAUAUCCACUUUAGAAUUAUUUUAAAUUUUUUUUAGUAAAACUCUGACCUUCAGCUCGGAUGUUUUGUGUUUGCAGCUGGAUGGAUUUUUCUAACAGAACAGAGAAACUGACAAAGAAAUACCCUCCGGAUCAGAUGAGUUCAGGAACGGAUUAAUAUUCGGUUUUUUUUUUUUUAAUUCUUUGCUUUAGUGCGUCAGAAAAUGAACACUUGUUGCGGAAAUUUGUAAAUCAGUUUUCUCCUCUCGCCUGGUCGRGGGAGGUUUGUUUUUGUUUAUCUUCAUCACAUCUUUCCAGGAAGACUUCGGUUACUGAGAGGAGGAAGAUGGGAUCCCAGCUGCUCCUCAUCCUCUUAUCGUUGUGUUCAGUUUCUCUGAUAAUCUGCAGGACUGUGGAGAACUUCCCYGAAGAGGAAAACCUCAAUGCAGAGGCGUGGCUUCGUCAGUUUGGUUACCURUCCCAGGCGAGCAGACAGAUGUCCACCAUGCACUCAGCUCAGGUGUUGUCCAAAGCCAUCAGCGACAUGCAGCGCUUCUACGGCCUGGAGGUGACCGGCGUGAUGGACGCUGCCACCKUGGCAGCCAUGCGUCGGCCUCGCUGCGGCCUCCCCGACAGAAAACCCGAGGAGGCGGCCGAAGCAGCGAGGAGGAAGCGUUACGCUCUGACGGGGCAGCGGUGGGACAAAAACCACAUCACUUACAGCGUAAAGAACAUUCACGACCGGCUGGGGUCCGAGCGGGGCUCCGAAGCGAUCCGCAGGGCCUUCGACGUGUGGGGUCGGGUCACCUCGCUCACCUUCAAGCAGCUGCCCGUCAGACACGACGUCAACGGCAGCCGCAACGAGAUCGGCGACAUCUUCAUGCUGUUCGACUCUGGUUUUCAUGGUGAUAUGUCGCCGUUUGAUGGCGAGGGUGGGUCGCUGGCCCAUGCCUACUAUCCUGGACCGGGCCUAGGUGGAGACGUGCACUUUGACGCUGACGAGUCGUGGACGUUGGACAACGAGGACCCUAAAGGUAUCGACUUCUUCCUGGUGGCGGUCCACGAGCUCGGCCACGCUCUCGGUCUGGAACACUCUGAUAACCCUGAUGCUACAAUGGCUCCUUUAUAUCGAUGGAUUAACACAGACAACUUCACGCUGCAUGAGGAUGACAUCAAAGGAAUACAGCACAUGUAUGGUCCUCCUUUGAUGACUGAUGCUCCAUCCACGUUUCCUCCCACCCAUGACGAUGAACCCAACCGUGUCUCCCCCACCUCCCCCUCUCUUCCUGAGUCUGAACCCUCCUCCUCCUCACCUCCCACCCACUCCCCACCCGAAACGUUCGACCCGACAGAAGGCGGCCUGGAUCCCCCGGCCCCACCAGAGCCGAGCCCGACGUUGCUCAACGCUCACACCACCUCCCGACCCGAGCCAGAACCCGUCACCCCACCUGUACGAAAAGCUACCCCGCCUCCCCGUAGGCCUACCAAAGUACCGGACAGCCAGGCCCCCAACAUCUGUGAUGGAGACUUUGACACGGUGACCAUGUUGAGGGGGGAGAUGUUUGUUUUCAAGGGACGCUGGUUCUGGCGCGUUCGGAGGAACAGGGUUUUGGAUAACUACCCCAUGCCGAUAUCUGUCUUCUGGACCGGUCUCCCGAGUGACAUCGAUGCAGCCUACGAACGACACGACGGCAAAUUUGUCUUCUUUAAAGAUGACAGGUACUGGUUGUUCAGGGAGGCGGAUGUUUUGCCAGGGUACCCCCAGCCCCUGUAUCAGUACGGACGGGGGAUUCCAACGCACAAGAUUGAUACGGCUAUUUGGUGGGAGCCUAACGGACAGACGUACUUCUUCACAGGAGACCGGUACUGGAGGUACAAUGAGGACACCCGGACUGCAGACCGGGACUUUCCCAAACCAAUCAGCAGAUGGGGAAAGAUUCCUCCCUCCCCGAAAGGAGCCUUCCUCAGCGAUGAUGGAUCCUACACUUAUUUCUACAAAGGGACUAACUACUGGAGGUUUGACAACCAAAGAUCAGAAGCAGACAAAGGCUAUCCUCGUUCYAUCCUGAAGGACUUCAUGGGCUGUAUGUGGGCCCCCGACCCAAAGCCGGACCCGGAUCCUGAGCAGACGCCGGAGGAGAAACCAGUCRAGCCUUCAGACGGAGGUCAAGAUGAGCAGAAAGAGCUGGACAAGGACAAAGACCAGGACCGGGACAAGAACCAGGGUAAAGACAAAGAGGAUAAGCCUGGCGUCACAGAGGAAGAGGAGGUGAACGUGGUCGUGACCGUGGCCGACAGCGAGUCGAAGGUCAUGACUCUGAUCAUGGUGGCGGUUCCCCUGGUGCUCAUCUUGGGAAUCCUGAUCCUGAUCUACGCCAUCCUGCGGACUCUGCAGAACAAAGAGACGCCGCGGGCCUUGGUGCACUGCAAGCGCUCGCUGCAGGAGUGGGUGUGACGAGAAAAAACGAACAAACGAUCACGCAGGUAUUCAUCGUUUCUGUGGCGCGGGGGUGAAAGUUUCACCUUUCUGCCUCGUGUUUGUCGACAGUUUUUUAUUUUUGUUUUAUGUUUUUGAGGUCGGUGCCUGUGGAGCAACAGUUUCUUUCAUUCUGGCCUUGAACGUAGCUCUGCCAGCUCUGUGCCUUUCAGACGUCUGGAAUAAAAAAGAGACAUUUUACCCACUUUUAAGAGUGUUCCACAGAACACAAGGCACUCUUUAAAGGAAGUAACUUUUUAGCCGUUUGAGUGAUUUAAUCGUAGCGUAAACACAGUCGACAGAGCACAUACGUUUUUUGUAAUCGUGCUUUAACCAUUUUUUUCUGUUUAGAACAGAUAAUUUGCACUUUUCUUACCUUUUUUUUUUAUUCUUUUGCAGUUUGUUUGCAAAGUGAAGCUCCGACUAGCACAGGAAUGUUGGACAGCUGCGUGUCCAUGACCUGUUCCCCACUGAGCCCUUUACCCCACCCCUCCUCCUCACACACAAUCCAGGAUCAAAUGUCAGUAKUAAAGGUUUAGCAUUCCUCGAAAGAGUUCAUAUCUUCUGCCUCUUUUUAAUGCAGUUUUAGACAGAUUUGGGUCAAACUUUGAGCGAUCUGUUGCAUGAUCUGACGACGUGUUCAGGAUGACUGUCGGCUACCAGCUCACCAAAUCUUAGCUCAAUAUCUGCAGAAUUCACAGAGGCUUAGUCUUUUUCACCUGAGCUACGGUUGGUUAGCCUCUCUGUGCUCAUACAUGUCCACAUAUUCAGACACAUGAACCACUUGUUAAGUCAUAUGGAUCWUUUUUUUUUUGUUGUUGUGCACAGACUCGCAGGCUCCAGGCUUCCCCUCCUCCCACCACAACCAUGCGAACUGCUUGGCCUGCAUUAAAAACCCGAUCCCAGAGGAGCCGUUUUGAUAUACGACCGGUGCCAGAGCUGGGAAUUAUUCGCUUUUUUAUGAGAGGAAUGUCGCGGCGCUUUACAAAAUGUCUACGACAUCUCGCAAAAAAAGAAAAAGCGAGAAGAAGUAGCAACUUUUUUUUGCUAAUUUCUCAUAUUUUCAUUUGAAGGUAAACAGAUCUGGAGCUGAAGCCUGCAGGCUGCAGCAGAACCGGGUCGAGGUCUGGUGUCGAUUAAACCCACAUGUUGCUGAUUUACUCGCGUCAGGCUUUAGAGGAGGAGGGUUAAGAAUGAGGGAAAGAAAGAAGAGAAGGAGGGGCGAUGGAAAGAAGGAAGGAGUYUGAGGAGGAGCAAUGCUGGCGUUGCACCUCCUGACCUAGAUUGAGCCGCUGACUCCUCUUCUGUCAGCUGCAGGUGAUGUUCAGUUUUUUUCCCCCCUCACUUGCUUUCUCCAUGUUUUUUUUUUUGUUUCACCGUUUUAACUUUGUGCACUUCAGUCUUCCCACGUGUUUUCAUUUUGUCCUCCACUCUGCUGGAAAAUUCARGCAUUUAGCAGAUAAUAAAUGCACAGGAACAUCUGCCGGAUGUGAUUUGAUCUCGUCUCUCUGUGGGACGUUCCACUCUGAGGCUUUUUAAAACAUGUUGCAGUUUUUAACCCUUUUUCCCCCCUCCCACGUGUUUUUAUUUGAAGUAACAUUAGAUUAAAAACCAGUUAAUGGUUCUUUUUGUACAUUUAGGUUUUCUGUAGAUCAUGAUGAUGAUGUUAAUGCAUGCAGGGCAUGUUCUGUAAGGCCUUUUAAAAGUUUCACAAUAAAACUCACAGCUGAAAAAGCA